UCCUCCUCAGAGACAGAGCUUUUCAGAAGCCGAGAAAGGAGUCAAGAAGAGGAUUUUAUUUUCAGGUUUCAUUCAAAAACAUUUAUUUUUUGAACUCAAGGAAAUUAAGCAAGAUGAAGGACUUUCAUCCUGACGAAACUAUUUAUAACCUAAUCCCUAAAGAAGAGGUUAAAAAACCCAAGCCACCCAGGUACAUUUCAACAUUCCAGGGUUCUGUCAAAGCAGAGGAGCAAAGGAAUAAAGCUGCCUACAAAACCAUGGGACCAGCUAAGGUCGAAGUUCCUUCUCCAAAGGAAUACCUACAGAAACAUACACAUGAAAUGAAGCUGUCACACAAAAGUGCUUUGCUUGCUUCCACAGAAAAAGCCCCCAAGUGUCUGAAUGAAGGAAAUAAACGCCCCCCAGUUCCCCAGCACACGGAGCAGCCAGUGAUGGGAGUGCAUUCAAACAAGAGUUUCAUCAAAACCAACGUGGUGGAAGCUGUCAUGGCUGUGCCUAAGAAGCCACAACCUAUCUAUGUGGAUACCAAGAAGGGGGAUAAGCACCUGCUUGAAACUUCAGGACUAACUCCUAAAUAUAUUAAGAAAAAGGAUUUUGGAUCCACUCCAGAAUACUUAGUGAAGAGAAAUGAGGAGGUAAGAAGAGCACAAGAAGAGUAUGAUGCUUAUAUCAAAGAGCGUCUUAAGAUGGGCGCAAUGAAACAGCUUUCUGAGGAAGAAAAGCAGUCUACACUUGAGGGUCUGAAGAGAAAUUGGGAUAGCCUGCACCAUGACUAUCAAGCUCUGUCGGUUGUGAUUGAUACCCCUACUAAAAAGGCAUACAAAGAAAGAUUGGAAGCGGAAAUGAAGCUGUUAGAACAAGACAUCGACCUACUAGAAAGACACAGGGUUAUCUAUGUUGCAAAUAACUAACCGACUACUGAAACACCACAACUAGUAGAUAAAAAGGGAGUUGUUGAAUGAAUAAAUUUUAUGGAUUUGUGCAAAUAAAA